AUGAGUCUCUUUCAGAGGCUAGCAAAAACGCUCCGCAUCGGCAAUGCAAAGUACAUCGUAGGCCAAGACCUCGCAGGCAACUCGUACCUCGAGUUGCCCUCGCUCUCCGGCUCACUCGAUCCGCGGCAUACACGGCGCUCAAUCCAGUGGAAGGAGAAGAAAGAAAUGGGCGACUACGACCAGCGAUCCAUCCCGGUUCAAUGGGUCAUGUGGUUGCGGCAUACUCGACGCGAGGCGCCUUCCAUCGAGGAACUGGUCAAGGAUCGAGAGCGCAUCCUGCUCACACAGGCUAAUGCCGCCAAGCUAGCUUUGGAGGAUAAGGAGAGGAGGGAGAGGGAACAGCAAGCCAGAUUGGAGGCGCAUAACGAGGCAAAGGAUCGUGCACAGAAAUUGGUGCCGAGUUCGGGUGGGGGACCCGUGCCCACGUCGACAGUGGUAGAUGAGAACGUGGAGCAGCAGGCCGAGACGAGAGUGCCUCAGCAAGAACAAGGCGCUGGAGGCGUGCUGCAGCAGGAGCGAACACCAGAUCAGGAUGUGUGGGCAGCAAGUAGGGCCAGGUUGGCAGCCAAGGGUCAACUAUCGUCUACAGACUCGGCAGCCGCCAGCGAUGCAGAACAAGGACAGGUCUCAGCAGAGCUUCAGCAAGCCAUGGAUCGAAGGGCGGCGCGAAGAGCUGGCAGAAAUGACCAAGACGCAGAGAGGGAGCGAGCAAGGAGGGAAAUGACCAAGUCGCCGUUGGAUGCCUUUGUCCCGAUGCCAAAAGCUCGAAGGUGA